AUGCACCUCUCGGCUUUUCUGGCGACCGUGCUCGGCUUCCAGUUGAUUCCCACCAUGGUGCUCGCCAAGGACAACCCGCACCAGCAUUGCCAAUGCAUCUAUCGCGACACUGGACUCGUGGACGAACGCGCGACAGCACUCGGAUGUGACGACCUCGACCACGCAAACAUGCACGGCGGUGGAGCCUCGCCGAACUGCGCAGCUGAGGAUUUCUGGGGCAUCAGGAACGACUGCUGGCAAUGCAAGUGCGACCAGUAUGUCUCGAACGGGCGUGCAUUGGGUUCGAACUGCUGGAACGCUGAUGGAGGACGGAUCAACAUCCACUGCGGCGGUGUGCCCAACCCUGAUGCUUGUUGA